CCGACACCCCCGUCCGUCCCUUUUACGUAGAUGGAACGGAACCGGGCAGCACGGCUGUCCGCUGACAGAUCCAAAAACGCCGGCGACGGUGUCGGACACGCAGAUACAAAUGACCUGCUGAGCACCGGUGACCGAAACUCCGUCCCCGUCUCUCUUCCUGCGGCUCAACGCGGUUUCUACUCGGACCCCAGCGGCAACAUGGUGGCUAAUUGAACCAACGGGAAAGAUGGCCCAGAAGGACACUCUGCUGCAUCUCUUCGCCGGGGGAUGCAGCGGCACAGUGGGAGCCAUUGUCACCUGCCCGCUGGAGGUGUUGAAGACACGGUUACAGUCGUCUGGCCUCACCCUGCGGCCCGUUUUCCAGGUCCAGCUGGGAACCCUCAGCGGCGCCGGGGUUAUCCGACCCGGGACGGUUACACCGGGACUGCUGCAGGUGCUCCGAUCAAUUCUUGAAAAAGAGGGACCAAGUUCUCUUUUCCGAGGACUGGGGCCGAAUCUCGUGGGUGUUGCCCCUUCAAGAGCCAUUUACUUUGCUGCAUAUUCAAAAUCAAAGGAGAUGUUCAACGGGCUGUUUGUCCCCAACAGUGGACUGGUGCACAUGUCCUCAGCUGGUACUGCAGCUUUUGUUACCAAUUCUCUGAUGAACCCCAUCUGGAUGGUCAAGACAAGGAUGCAGCUGGAGAAAAAAGCCAGAGGAGAGAAGAAGAUGAAUGCGCUGCAGUGCGCUCGCUACGUUUACAGGACGGAGGGAGUACGGGGUUUCUACCGCGGCCUGACCGCGUCCUACGCUGGAAUCUCGGAAACCAUGAUCUGCUUCCUCAUCUACGAGACGCUGAAGAAGCAACUCGCCAAGAGCCAGUUCGCCUCGCCGAACGGAAACAACGAGAAAGGAGCAUCAGACUUCCUGCGGCUGAUGAUGGCAGCAGCUUUUUCGAAGGGCUGCGCUUCCUGCAUAGCUUACCCACAUGAGGUCAUCAGGACCAGGCUCAGAGAAGAGGGUAGCAAGUACAAGUACUUCUUCCAGACGGGGAGGUUGAUAGCUGUGGAAGAAGGCUACGCAGCUUUCUACAGAGGACUCGUUCCGCAGCUAAUCAGACAAAUCCCCAACACAGCCAUUGUCCUGUCCACCUACGAACUCAUCGUCCACCUGCUGGGAGAUUCCAAGUGAUGUCGUGUUUGAAAGCUGGGACUUUCCUCUCACGCAAUGGAUUCCAGAGUAAUCCCAAGAGACUGAAGAAAACGUAGCAUAUACAUGCAUACAUACUUACUUUCAAAGUGGUCCUGCACAGACCGCUGUGAAGAAACGGUAGCAGUUUGUACUGUCAUCCAAAGAGUUCGACACAUUAUUUAAUUCAGAGCUUGUUAGUUUAUCAACACAAAGCCUCGGUACUAAAACUGCAUACCUGUGGAAGGUCAUGUUUGUAGGUGACUAGUUUUAAGUUAACUAAAUUAUUUUUUGUUUUGUAAUGUUGAAGAUAUUUGUUCAUCACUGUAUCAUAACGAAUGAUGUGGGCAGGUUGACGCGAUUAGCUAACAAUAUCAUUCAGGAGAAGUUGUAAUAGUAGAGCUGUUCUUUUAGUCGUAACAUGGGCUACUUAAAGAUUUCUGUUUUACAAUCUGUUUCAAGUUGUUUGAGCUGCACAGAGAUUUAUCGUAUUUUUCCAUAAAUGCACAACUCUACAGAG